AUGUCUCGCCAGUCGACAGUUACUUUCCAGACCGGCGGCCGCCGCAAGGGCUUCAGUGCCGCCUCGGCCGUCACCCCCUCGGCCGGCCGCACCCGCAUCAGCUCCGGCUCGGUGUCCCGCUCCGGGGCCGGGGGCGGCGGCGGAGGGCUCGCCUGGACCGGCUGUGGCGGCGGAGGCUUCGGCAGUCGGAGCCUCUACGGCCUGGGGGGCUCCAAGAGGGUCUCCAUCAGCUCCGGGGGCUUCCGCGGCGGAUACGGCGGGAGGGCCGGAGGCGGCGGCGGUUACGGUUUGGGCUCUGGCUUCGGCGGCGGCUUCGGGGGCGGCUUCGGCGGGGGCUUCCCCGUGUGCCCCCCGGGUGGCAUCCAGGAGGUGACCGUCAACCAGAGCCUCCUGGCGCCGCUGAACCUGCAGAUCGACCCCACCAUCCAGCGGGUGCGGAAGGAGGAGCGCGAACAGAUCAAGACCCUCAACGACAAGUUCGCCUCCUUCAUCGACAAGGUGCGUUUCUUGGAGCAGCAGAACAAGGUACUGGACACCAAGUGGGAGCUGUUGCAGCAGCAGGGGACCAAGACCGUGAGGCAGGACCUGGAGCCGCUCUUCGAGAUCCACAUCAGUAACCUGCGACGCCAGCUGGACACGGCGACCACCGAGAAGGGCAGACUGGACUCAGAACUCAGGUCCAUGCAGGAUGUGGUGGAAGACUUCAAGGGCAAGUAUGAAGAUGAACUUAACAAGCGCACAGCUGCUGAGAAUGAGUUUGUGGCCCUCAAGAAGGAUGUGGACGGUGCCUAUAUGAACAAGGUGGCACAGGAAGGCAAAGUGAAUGAGCUGAUCGAAGAAAUUAGCUUCCUGCGGGCCCUGUAUGAAACGGAGCUGUCCCAGCUGCAGACCCAGAUCUCAGACACAUCGGUGGUCCUGUCCAUGGACAACAACCGCAGCCUGGACCUAGACAGCAUCAUCUCCGAGGUCAGGGCCCAGUACGAGGACAUCGCCCAGCGCAGCCGGGCCGAAGCCGAAUCCUGGUACCAGACCAAAUACGAGGAGCUGCGGGUGACCGCCGGCCGCCACGGGGAUGACCUGAGCAACACCAAGCAUGAGAUCUCCGAGAUGAAUCGCAUGAUCCAGCGGCUCCGGUCCGAGAUCGACAGCGUCAAGAAGCAGUGCGCCAGCCUGCAGACGGCCAUUGCCGAUGCUGAACAGCGCGGGGAAAUGGCGCUCAAGGACGCCCGGGCCAAGCUGGUCGACCUGGAGGAUGCGUUGCAGAAAGCCAAGCAGGACAUGGCCCGCCAGCUGCGCGAGUACCAGGAACUGAUGAACGUCAAACUGUCGCUGGACAUCGAGAUUGCCACCUACAGAAAACUGCUGGAGGGCGAAGAGUGCCGGCUGAGCGGCGAAGGUGUGUCUCCGGUCAAUGUCUCCGUGGUGACUUCCACAAUGUCCAGCGGCUAUGGCAGCGGCAGCGGCUAUGGCCUCGGCUCGGGCAGCGGGCACGGGCUGGGCGGAGGAGGAGGCAGCUAUUCCUACACCACCAGAGGCGGGCACAGCCUGGGAAGAGGCAGCGGGCACGGGUUGGGGGUCUCCGGGUUCAGCUCCGGGAGCGGCCGGAGCCUCGGUAGCGGCUUCGGCAGCGGCGGGGGCAGCAGCUCCAGCGUGAAGUUUGUGUCCACCACCUCAUCCAGCCGCAAGAGCUACAAGCACUAA